AUCCCCCGUGGUGGAGAACACUGAGCGGCGCCGAACGCGCGCGAACGUUUUCGCGCGCCGCUUCCACCGGCUCUACGCUUGCGGAGCGCCUGACGCGCGCGUCCUGAGCCGCAAGCGAAGCGCGCGCCCGUCGCUUUUAGCCGCCUUGGUUCGUUCGGCGCUAAAGGCUUUAAUUAGGAAGGAGACGCAACAUGGCGAUCGUACCCGGGCAGGUGCUGCGGGUCGCCAUUCUCCUCUCCUAUUUUUCCAUCCUGUGCAAUUACAAGGCCAUUGACAUGCCAGCGCACCAGACCUAUGGAGGCAGCUGGAAAUUUCUGACGUUCAUUAACCUGGUUGUUCAAGCAAUCUUUUUUGGGAUCUGUGUUCUGACUGAUCUUUCCAGCCUUCUGACUAAAGGAAAUGACAACCAAGAACAACAAAGGCAACUAAGAAAACUCAUCUCCCUACGUGACUGGAUGAUGGCUGUCUUAGCUUUUCCCAUUGGGGUUUUUGUUGUGCUAAUGUUUUGGAGCAUCUAUAUCUAUGACAGAGAACUUGUUUACCCCAAGCUCCUUGAUAAUUUUAUACCAACUUGGCUGAAUCAUGGAAUGUGGAACUCUAUAUUCUUGUGGGAUGAAGUUUUAGCAGGUUUAUACAAGAUGUGAAGAUCAUCCCAGCUUCAAGCUAAAGCAACCAGACUUCUACACAAGGCAGUAGUGGUCUAGGAAGAUAUGGAUGAUCAUUUUUGAGACAGUGGGAAAAGCCUCAUUUCAUACUGAGCAGAAGAAUCCAGUGAUAAACUAUUCCUGUAUUUUAUCAAGAAAAUACUGCAGUCAGUAAAUAUAAAAUGAUUGAUGAUAUAAUGGCAAAUGGCACUCAACAUGCUACUAAGGAAGAGCUGAGGAACUUUUGCAAUAUAAAUGGUGUUUAUUUUAUUAUAUGCAUAAUUUUUAUCAAGAAUUUUGAUUAUAAUAGUAAAAUAUAAUACAAAGUAAAGAAAGAAAAGACAAUAGAAAGGAGUAAAAAGCACAAGAAAAAAGGACAGAAGAAAGAAAAAAAAGUAAGACUAUAAUAAAGAUAAAAGAAAUAUAUAAAGAUGAUUUCCAAACUUCAUCACAACAAUUAUAAACCAACUUAGUAACCCUCUGUGUUACAAGGUUCAAAGGAAAGUGGAAGAUUGGAUUUACCUGAUUUGAAAUUGUAUUUUACAGCUUAUUUUUUUGGUUUGGAUAAAAGAGUGGAUAUUGCUGAGAAAUAGAAGAUUUUCAGAGAUAGAAGGAUAUGACCUGAGAUUUGGUUGGCAUGAAUAUAUCAUGAAUUUGUGGUACAAUAAAUUCAAGGUUAAUGUAGAUUUUAAAAAUGUAUUUUUAAAAUGUAUGGUAAAUGUAUUAUACUGAGAAUAUGGAAUAAUAGUCAAACCAAAAUGGUUAUAUCACAAGAUGCUACAAUUCUGUCAAAGGGAAUGUAAAAUAACAUCAAGAGAGCAACUAAUGGCAGAGGGCCAUAGCUGUCAAUGGUUUCCUUAUUACAGUUAUCAGAAAGAUUUAGAGUAGAUAAAACAAUGUACAGUGUUGAAUAUUGAAGACUGAUUUUGAAACAGAAUUGUGUACAAAUGAUGAACUUGUGAUUGCUAAAAUGAUAAAAUAAAAUGAUUGCUAAAAGUUUGAUUGAAGUUUGAAAGAGAAGAACAAGUUAAGGUAUGAUAAAGUAGACUAAAAUUGUGGAUUAUAGAAGACAUUCCUUACUUACAAGAACUUUUUUAGUAUUAAAAGAUUAAGUUAGAUCAAUACUCCAGUCAUUACCAAAUCAAAAAGCUUCAGGAAUAGAUAGAAUAUAUAUAGACAGCAAGCAACAGAAGAAGUAUCAUUACAAAUUGUUAGGAAACUAUGGCAGUAAAAGUGGAAAAUGAAACAGUGGUCAAUGAACUGGAAGAGGUCAGUCUCUACAGAAUAAUACCAAAAAAGAGAGAACACAGUGUAUAAACUAUCACACAAUGUCCUUAAUUACACAUGCUAGCAAAAUAAUGCAUAGUACCAUUAAAUAUAGAUUAAAGGGAAAUGCCAGGUAUUAAAACUGGUUUUAGAAAAAGCCAAGGAACAGGGAACUUUAUUGUUGAUGCUUGCUGGAUAAUUGAAAAAAAAAUCAAAGAAUAUAAGAAAGAAGUUAAUAUGUGUUUCAUUGAUUAUAGAAAGACCUUUGAUUGUUCUGACUAUUUCAAAUUGUGGAACAUGCUUAGCAAAAUUGGAAUUCCAGAACAACUCACUGUUCUCAUGCAAUAUCUCAUGCAUAGGUCAGGAAGCCAGAAUCCAGGUAGAACAUAGCAAAACAGAACAUAGCAAAAGAAGUGAAACAAGACUGUAUUACUCUCGUAUUUAUUCAAUCUAUAUGCCUAUUGAGGAAGCUGAAUUGGAAGAAUAUGAAUAAGUUUUAUUGUUAUGGCUGUUUUGUCAGUCAAAAUUUUAUGUGCAAAUGCACAGCCUUAGGAAUGGGGUUAAUAUGGUCAGUAGACAAUAGACAAUAAAUUUAUUUUAGUAGCUUCAUUCAGAAUUUAUUGAACACAAGAAAUGUCAGCAGAAAAGGUCAGCAAGGACAAUGCUACAUUAGCCUUGCCAAAGGCCACUUGAAUGUUAGAAAAAGCUUCCUAAUGGUAACAACAGUUUGUUAAUGGAACAAAGAUUGUAGGAUCUCCUUUACUGGAUGUGAUCAAGGAGAGGCUGGACAGAGGGUUGGAUAUCCUGGAAGUAGAUGUCAUUUUGGGAGUGGCAGAAGCCUCUUCAUGACAUCCCAGAGUGAUGCAAUCUGCACAACUAUUAUCUUCUGCCUUUUUGUCUCUGCAUGGAAUUAAAGUGCUGACAGUUCUUUUGUAAUACAAAAUAAAUAUCAGUGUUAUGAAAACAUGCAAGGGUACUUUAAGAGUAAAAAAAUAUCUACUUUGUUUGACAUCUAGUUCAUGGGUUGCCUAACUAUGUAAUCUAAUUAUUUGCUUUUGUGGGUAAAAAUUAGUUCAUAAUGAAGGGUAAUUCUCAGAUUCACUGUUUUAAUUUAAUUGCUUUCUGUUUUACUUGGACAUAUAGCAGGCCCAAUGAUACAUUUAAUGAAUAACAAUUGCCUAAAUUAAAGUGAAAUAUCAUAAUAGCUAAAUCUAUUAUAGCAGGGGUCCCCAACCCUCGGUCCGUGGACCAGUACCGGGCCACAGCAUGCCAGCAACCAAUCUGCAUAAACAAGCAAAGCCCAUCCGCAGA